AAAAAUAAAGAAGAAAAUAAGCGAGAUAAAAAGAUUAGAGAGUUAGAAAAGAAAGUUAAGAAGUAUAAAAAUUUUUUAGAAGUAAAAGGAGUAGAUAUAGUUUAUGAGAUAAUAAUAGAUUAUAAAAAUAGUGUAGAGAAAAAGGAAAAUCAAUUAGAUUAUGUAUAG